UCAUACGAGGUUUGGCAUCAGUUGGCAAGUAACCGCGCGCCAGUCAUCAACGCGUAUCUGCUCUUUCCCGCGCAACAUCGUGUCGCGUACCCUCUAUCUCUUUCCUUCUUUUCAUUAUUUUCUUUCUAUCUCUCUCUCUCUCUCUUUCUCUCUCCCUACUUUUUAUUUAUUUCUCUUUUAUAUUUCUCUUCUAUCGUAUUUUUAUUAAAAAGUAUUAGCUCGCGUCUGUAAGGCCACGCAAAUACCGUUCACCCGUCGUAGCAUGUGCCCACAAGUUCACAGUCUUAUACACGUUUAUUUACCCCACCAUCAGCCCCAUAAUAAACUUGUAUCUUACGGUUACCGUUAAAAGGAUCUGAUUUUUCUAUCCGUUUGGGAAUAUACAAAUUUAUUUCAAAAGAAUUUUCAUUUUAUUAACUUUACGUUAAUAUCGAGAUAUAAAUAAUUAUCUAUCUCGUUUAGAAGUUUCAAAUCGAGACCAACAUCGUGCAUCGUAUUACCAACAACUAAACGAGGAAAAAGGCGGAGCAGAAAACAAAAAAAAAAAAAGAACGGAAAAUACGUUACGAAGUGUGAUCUGUAGUAUGAUUUAUUGGAUAUUCCAGUGAAGGAAACGAUAUCGUUUACGAUUCGUGGAAACGACGCCAACGACUAUUGAAUUCCCUACACGUGGUUUAGAGAGUCAAAUGUGUUCUACUAAUAUUAUUUCUCUUUUAUUAUUUUCCUCUUACUCUUCUUUUUAUAUCUAUUUUCUCUCUUCAUCCCUAUAAGGCAUAAUUUACCUGUCUUUAUUUUUUUUUUUGGUUUUUUUCUUCUUUACCUUGCAUUUUUUAAUCUCUACUCAGUCUUUAUACUUUUCUCUUUUUCUCGGCGUCGUUUAUUGGUCGAUAUAAUAGUGAUUUGUUGUGUUGUUGUUAUAUACGUAAAGAAGGGGAAAGGGAAAUAAAAAGAAAAUAAUAAAGAAGUUUUGGGAUCAACAACUUCUGGGAGGAAAAGAAGGGAGGGGUAAAAGGAAGGACGAGACCACCACCACCAACAACAACAAUUUUGAAUUUAUCUUCUAUUCCAAAAGAACAAAAAAUAAAAAGAAAAAUGAGUUGCUGUACGAGUGCACCGAUCGUAACGAAAACUUGCGAGACCCUGUUGAGCAAAUGCGAAGUUCCGAUUAUUGACCUCGCUCAUAUGGGAACGGAAAGAUGUCCUCAAAAAGGUGUAGUCAAACAAGUUGCUACAAAAUUAGUAAGAGCUUUAUCGGAAAAGGGAUUGGCUUUACUCGUCAAUCAUGGCAUUCCAGAAUGUAAGUUGAAAGCAGCGUACAGAGCAUUAGAUGAGUUUUCCGAAUUGCCAGAGGAAACAAAAAGCAAAUACCAACGUGAUUCUUCGAGCAAAUCCAAUCAUGGAUAUGUCAAGCCUGGAAUGGAGAAGAAAUUGGCGGACGAAGAAGAAAUUCGUCAUGCUUUCAACAUUACCGGUUGCAAGGGAGCGUUACCGCAAGAUGAAGUACCCGGAUUUAAACCUGCAGUGGAAGAACUAGAAAGAGAUUUCAAACAACUUUCAGUCAUGCUAUUAACCGCAUUAGCAGUGGGUUUGGAACAAUCUCCUGAUUUCUUGUUACUGAAGCAUGAUCAAAUGUUGGGAACUGGUAACGAUACGACUCUUCGUCUUCUUUAUUAUCCACCACUUGGUGCGCCGUCACCAGACGUGACGCGUUGCGGGUCUCAUUUCGAUUAUGGCACUUUCACUCUGCUUGCACAGGAUUGCGAAGGUGGUUUGGAAAUACAAACAACGUGCGGUGAUCAAUGGAGACGCGUUGGUCAUUUACCUGGGGCUAUUUUGAUAAACACAGGAAGCAUAUUGGCUAACUGGACUAAUAAUCAAUUUCCAGCAUUAAGACAUCGCGUUGUCGUUCCAGAACAUUGCGGUCGUGGUCGUCAUUCCAUUGCAUUCUUCGUACACCCAAACAAUGAUAUACCCGUUGAACCGUUGGAUAUUAAAAUCGUUAAAGCAAAUCAAGAAACGGCACCCUGUCGUCUUCAGAAAAAGAAACGUGGCGUUUUAACGGCAUAUCAUCAUCUUCAACGUCGAUUUCGAGAGACUUAUGCUUCAUAAUGUCGUGUCUUUUGGUAACAAUAUGUAAUCAUUAUUAUUGAUAGUUCCUCGUCAUUCAAAAAUCUUACUCGUUACGUUCGUUUGAGUUCUAACAUUUCGUAAUUAAUUGGAUAAUAUCAUGUGAUUUUUUUAUAAUCCUUGUUUCUUUUUUCUCAUCUCGUCGUUCGGUACAAGCUCUCGGCACAAGGAUGAAAUCAAAUAAUUCAUAAUUGAAACUAUCAAAGUAAUCGAAUAAAUGAGUAAUUAAUUGACACGUGUUAUGCUAAGUAUAAAAAAAAAAAAAAACAAAGUAUUAUCGUUAACAUAUCAGGAAACAUCGAUUUCGACGUCUCCUUUCAAGGACAAUAAUAAUAAUAAAGAAUUCUCUGUACUUACAUUA